AUGGCUGCUAGGAGGAAGUUUACUACAAUGGCUGUAACCGCUGAGCGUUUACGUUCUAUCUACCAAUUAACGAAGAAAGCAGUUGCGAUGCCACGUGAGACCCGUGUGAAUCCACGUGGGGUAUUUUGCAAUAAUACGCUACAUCUGAAGAAUAUUUCCAUUUACGGGUUUGACUAUGAUUACACAUUGGCUGUUUACACUACGGCGGCGCAUAAACUCAUUUACGAUCUUUCUAUCCAGCGACUUUUGAAGCACCAUAAGUAUCCGCGAGGUCUUUUGUCUGUGCCGUAUGAUCCACUGUUCGCAAUCCGAGGACUUCAUUUCGACGUCGCAAACUGUUGCCUUCUGAAGAUCGAUGCAUUUUCACAAAUACAAAGUGGUACUGCUUAUCGUGGCCGUAAGAAACUUUCCGAAGAUGAUAUUCUGAAAAUAUAUGGGAGUUUUACGCUAACACACACCGUGAGCGGUCAGUUGAUGCAGCUCAUGGAUUUGUUCAGUCUUCCGUGGGCUGGUCUUUUAUCAACAGUGGUCCAGUAUUUUGACGACAAUGCAAUUGCUUUCGACCCAUUUUCUAUGUUCCAGGAUGUGAAGGCUAGCGUACAACACGUUCACUUAUCCGGUGAUCUGUACAGCUGUAUCAUCGCGGACACUGCCAAAUAUAUACAUAAAAAUUGCGGCCUUUUGGAGUUCCUGUCGCGUGUAACAUCGAACGGAAAGCAGCUUUUUAUGGUCACCAACAGUCCAUUCUUAAACGAAGGAAUGACUUAUAUGCUUGGCGUGGACUGGCGCAAGUUCUUUCAGUGUAUUGUAGGGCAAGCACCGUUUCGGAGAUAUCAUGAAGAAGAUGAUACAUUAUCGUAUGAACGAGUGGAAUCCUUGAAGAAAGGGAGUAUCUAUGCUAGAGGCAACAUCACGUCUCUUUCGCAACAGUCGCUGUUUCACGGCAAACAAGUACUUUACUUUGGCGACCACAUCUACUCGGAUCUUGCGGAUCCAAUGUUAAUGCUUGGAUGGCGUACGGCUGCAAUUGUACCGGAGUUGGCGCGUGAAAUUCGAGUGCAAAAUGAUGAUGAUUACCAAAGAUCGUUGAGUUGGGCAAAUUACUUGACACUUCUGAUAGAAAAAUAUGGAAUUUAUACAGAGAAUGAUGCCGACAUCAAAAAUCUGAUCAACCAAUGGAUGGAUGAGCGAGAGAUGUUACGAGAGCGAGUGAAAACGAUUUUCAACCCUCAGUUUGGCUCAAUAUUUCGCACUUAUCAUAAUAUGUCAUUUUUUUGUCGAAGACUCAACCGCCUCGCCGAUAUCUAUACCAGCCGAUUGCCAAACAUGUUGAAUUACAGUGAUGACCACACAUUUUUCCCAAGGCGCCAGGCUCUUCCGCAUGAACUAGCUGUGGACCAAGAAGUGCGCGAAAUUGUGACUUAUUAA